GUGAGUUAGUCUUAAUUUUCAUCUUGAUUUCAGAUAUUGUCACAAGAUGGUUCCAAAGCUAAUAUUGUUUGUAGUUAUCUCAAUGGGGGUCGCCAGCACAGAGGCUUUCAUAUUUCCCGUGAUGUAUCAAAAUAUACAACAAGGAAUUUUACAACUUAAAGGUUUAAUAGAGGCGCUUAAUAAAAAUUUAUUCGAUGUAAAUAAUAACGUACUGGCCGUCGUUAAUUGGGUAAAAUGGGUAAACGAUCAAUUAUCUCCGCACCUAGUAAACAUCGAGACAAAAACACAAAAUGUUGACAAUCGAUUGGCAAAUAUCGAAACUUUUUUAAAACAAAUGGACCAAAGAGACGUAACACAGUUGCAGAAUACGCACCAGACAGUAGUUGGCAUACAAAACAGUCUGCUUAUUAUUAUGGAGAAGAUGAAAAACGAAAUCAUUGCAACGAUUUCAGCACAUCAGCCUCCUAGUCAGAUUUCUCCACCUAUAGUAUCAAAGGAAGAGUUUGACUCAUUGAAAAAACAGAUAAUGGACAAAAUCUCCAUAGUUACUAACUCUAUAGGAAAAAUUGAAAAUGCCAUUGAUAAAAUUAAGGACGGCAAUCAACAAACCAAAAACUUGGAAAACUUAAAAAAGUAUUUUAAUAAAAACCAAGAGCUCUUCACUAAGUUUGAUAAAAAACUGGAUAACUGUAAUAGUAAAAUUAGCAAUGAAAAGAACGAAGAGUGGAAGCUUAAUGUCACAACAGCUUCUAAUGGUCAACAAUCAGAUCUUAAAAAUAUCCUGGCAGGCGUUAAACUUCUACAGAAUAAAAUAGACCAGGUAUCACAAAAUUACGACCGAGGUAUGGAUAAAAAUUUCUCUUUACCAAAACAAGACAAAUCCAAUUUUGAACUUAUCAACUAUAUCAAGAAAACUCAUAUAGAUACCAUUAUGAAGCUAAAUGACCUCUCAGAAUUGACAAAUCAUCUUGGAAGUAGCUUUGUAACUAGUAACUACAAAAUUUUAAAUAAAAUUGAAGAUCUUAAUCGUUUGGACCAAGUAAUGCAAAAUGUUGCUGAUGGUGUUACUGACACUAAAACAAAAGUAGAGUUUGGAGUAAACAAAAUUUUGGCGGAGAUAUCCAAAUAUUCGAAAGAAGGUGCUAUACAUGUUCAAGAAGCAGUGUGUCACAGAUUGGGCACUUUUAAAACAUCAGUUUUGGAUCCACAAAUUGUAGCUGUAGUUAAGGCAACGUCAAAUAUAAAAGAAGACAUCCAACAAGUUUUGCAGAAAAUAGGAAUAAUGGAUCAAAAAAUGAGAAACAACUCAGAUGCACUAAAUCAUUUGAAGAAUUGCACAACAAAGAACAAUAACAAUAGAAAUGUUGGCACCGAUAGGAAAACAGAUGAGCAAGACCCCAUCAUUUUUUAAUAAUUAUUAUUUAUUGUAAUUUUUGUAUUAAGUAAAUGUGGUAUUUAGUAUAGGUAAACUUAAUUUUUCACUAAGGCACUAAAAGCAGUAAAUAAAAUCUAAAGACUUUUUUAAUAUGGCUUUCCUUUCACAAACAAAAAAAUUGUAAAAUUAUUUAAAAAUACAAAAGUAA